AUGAGACACGGUCGGUGUGGGGCCGGACCCGCGGGACUGGGGCGCGCGUCCAACAACGAGCGUUGUGACGGGGGUCGCCUGCGCCGGCAGGGGAUGCGGCCGACAGUCCCGCGCUUACCUGCGCUAGCGGUAGCGCGGCUGCAUCACCACGCCGCACCCGCCGCCCGGGAACACGCCCACCGGCAUCACGCCGCCCGGCAGCAGCAUGCCUGCAACACGCGCCUGUGA